AUGAGUAGAUAUAAACACAAAGCUUUCUUUUCAGGUCGAAGCCACGACAGAUCGUUUACAUUGUUCCGGCUCGGUCAGCGUUCAUCGCCAGGGGUUAAAGCGUUUGCUGAAACUGGUCGAUCGGACAUUCUGGAAGAACAAAGUCAAGGCGAAGGAGGAAUCUAUGAUGAGUUCAAUGCACCACCUAUCACCACCGGCGUCGGACGCACUGAGGCGGAAUUCUUCGUUGACGGCAACCACUCGAGGGUUUCCCUUAUGUCCCGCAUAGUACCUUCCCCAGAUUGGUUCAUUGGGAUCGACGCUUUCAAUCUAUGCGUAAACGGUAAUUGGUUAGACAGCAUCACUAUCGAGGUGGAUCCUAUCGACGCCGGGACGGAUAAUGGGUUUACAUUUACCGCACCUAACUGGCCAACCGAACCCCAGGGGGUGGCAUAUCGGAUUACCGCUCACUAUCCCGCUCACCCGGCAGGAUCGUUUUUUUAUCCAUAUCUUAAACGUCUUCCGCCUAUCGCUAUAUUUCAAUUUCUGAAGAUUAAAGAAUACGAACUCAGCGAAGUUUUUCAUCACGAAGAAGACGAUCAGAAAUACGAAGUUUUAAAAAUCGAACACAUGACACAGAACAGUAUAAACAUAAUGAAUGGAAACAACGAUAUCGAAACCGCGAUAGAGGAAGAAAGAGAGGAGCAAGAAGUGCACAAACGACCCCACACCAACCCUCGUCUGCAACAAUUUAUGCCUUCAACAUCGACGUCUACAAUAAAUAGUGUUAUUUAUCCAAAGAACCUUACCAACGAUAGGUAUCUGAACACAAUCGAUCAAGCAGGCGCCCCAGUUCCAGUAACGUUAGCGGCAGUUCCUGCAGUGAUGCCACGGGGAGAUAAAAACGCCAUUAUGAACAGUAUAGCAGAUUCGUAUCGAACGCAUCCGAAAGAAAAGCAUCACAAGAAAUACAGAAAACCAAGAAAAAAUAUUAAAAAGAUACGACCACCUCGUGACUGUAGGGUAAGUGAUUGGUCGCCGUGGAGUGCAUGCAGUAAAUCGUGCGGAAUUGGAGAGAUGACGCGUCGCAGAGAAGUUAUUAAACACGCCAGACGGGGUGGUCAACUGUGUCCACCGCUUAUGGAAACAAAAUGGUGCGGUUCGGCGCGUUCGUGUAAUAGAGGUUACUUUAAUUGGUAGAAAAAGACACUAAUCUUAUGAAUAACGUGAACUGAAGAGCCCAAGUUGUCUAAAACUUGUACGACGGAACAUUCUGUUCGUGAUUAAACUACUCAGGGUUUAUUCCCUGCAGUCAAAUUCAACCCCUUAACGUAGAU